AUGAGAACAAUCCUGUUCAUUGCUUGUAUACUUUAUUCCGGAGCAGGGGCUGCACAGGAAACACAAGGGAGGAGCACUGACCCUGUGAUCUCGCUGACAAAUGGCAAAAUCAGAGGAGAAAUUGUUCCUGUUAAAGGGACUGAGAUAAAAGUGAAACAAUUCCUUGGAAUACCUUUUGCCCGCCCUCCAGUGGGGAACCUCCGACUUGCUGCUCCCAAAGAUGCGGACUCUUGGGAGGGGGAACGGGAUUGCACACGCCAGCCUCCGAUGUGCAUUCAGGACACUGAUAUAGUCGUGAAUGCUUCUAGAAUUAUGUCAGUAGAAUAUACUCCAACAGAACUUUCAGAGGACUGUCUGUAUCUUAAUGUAUACACUCAAGCUGAGGCUAAAAGAGGUGACAAACUGCCGGUAAUGGUGUGGCUUCACGGAGGAGGUCUGGUAAUGGGCGCUGCCUCUCAGUAUGAUGGCACUCCAUUGACUGCUUACGAAAACAUCGUUGUGGUUAUUGUUCAAUAUCGUCUGGGCAUCCUGGGAUUCCUGGGCACUGGGGAUGAACAUCUUCGUGGAAAUUGGGGUUUCUUGGAUCAAUUGGCCUCACUAAAGUGGGUGCAGGCAAAUAUUGAGGCUUUCGGUGGUGAUCCACAAGCUGUCACCAUCGCUGGAGAGUCAGCAGGAGGCAUCAGUGCAUCAAUACUGACUCUGUCCCCACUAGCUAAAGGAUUAUUCCAUAGGGCAAUUUUUCAAAGUGGAGUGGCAACCGUUGGAACAUACACCCGCAGCCAUUCAUUAGGUCUUGUCAAGACUGUAGCCAACUUGACUGGAUGUGAUGACAUUACGUCCCAGGAACUGGUUCAGUGUUUGAGAGGAAAAAGCAAAGACGAGUUAGUUGAUGCAACAAAAAAGAUGAAAAUUUACCUGGGAGGCGUGGUAGAUGGUGUCUUUCUAACUGAUACUGCAGAAGAGCUUCUAAAGAGAAAAGAAGUAAUGCCAAUUCCGGUCAUGAUGGGAAUUACAAAUCAUGAAUUUGGGUGGAUUCUGCCUCAGAGUUUCGCUCCUCCUGGCUGGGAGAACGGUAUGACAAGAGAGUCUGUGCUGGCCAUGGUGAACCUGUUUAAUCCUGAAGGGGCCUCGUUAGCCAACAGUCUCAUUGUGCAUGAAUACCUGAAAACUGCACAAACUCCUGAUGCCAUUAGAGAUGGAUUUACUGAACUCAUGGGAGACCUCCUGAUGACGCUACCUGUUGUGAAAGUGGCAGACUACCACACAGAUGCGGGCAAUCCUGUUUACGUCUAUGAGUUUGGAUAUCGGGCUGAGACGUACAAAGAAUCCAGGCCCAAUUUUGUGAAGGCAGACCAUGGCGACGACGUCAGCUUUGUGUUUGGCGGAUGUUUCUGGAGUGGAAAUGUAAAAAUUUUAGGAAAUUUUACCAAAGAGGAUGAACAACAAUGUUUAACUAUAAUGAAAUAUUGGGCCAAUUUUGUCCGUACGGGCUCACCCAAUGGACCAGGGCUGGUGGCUUGGCCUCAGUAUGACAGGCAGAAGCAGGAGUACAUGGAGCUUGGUGUGAAACAAACCGUAAGACAGAAACUGAAGAAGGACAGAGUCCAUUUUGCAACAGUCACACUCCCACAGAAAGUGGAAAUGUUAGCUGCAGCUGCCACAUCUUGA